AUGCCAUACAGCAAGAGCCCUAAUACUGGUGGCAAUAGUACUGUCAUCAACAUGGGCCAGUCGCCUUCAAGUGAUAACGACAUGAGUCGACCUUCCAUGCCACGUUCUCCCCACACGAUUGCAACCACUUCCAAUGUGUCAACGACUGCCUCGCAUAUGGUCAAAGAAUACAGGAAUAUCAUUCGCCACAUUUUGACAAAGAUCCAUAAACGACGACGACCUCCUACCGCAUUGGCACAGUUGGCGGAACUCUAUCGGUUAUCAGCGCUCUCAUCGGACGAUCCUGUGCAGGAAUUCGACCAUGACGAUACAGUGGACUUGCUUAUUCAACUAAGGACGAGCUUGACGCUAUGUGAAAAGCACGAUCUUGGCCCAGACAUUCUAUAUUACCAUGAACGAGGCAGUGGUGGUAGUAGUAGUGGUAAUGGAUCGACUGAAAGGGGCCCAAUGUCGCAUAGCAACAGCUACUCGCCGUUAUUGUCAUCAUCACCGCGAUCGCCAAGUGGCGUUACGAUACCACCACAGCCAUCACCAGCAACUGAGACCGACCAAAGUUUGAUGGGACCUUCUUCCAGAGCAUCUCGCAAUCGAACGCUAUUUGACAAUAUACUGGCAUUGUUGGAUGAUUUGGUGCUGAAUGAUGCUCGAUACAAGAACAGCAAUCCACGCCCUUCGCGCCCACCCUGCAUUCUACAACAUGUUCUCAUUGAUAUCGCAACUUUACUCGUGGCACUCACUGGCAAUGAUGUUGUGUCCAUGACUGCAAUUGGACAAACAAUGCUUCCUGCUUUUGACAGUAUCAAUGAUGGUCCCUUACUUGGAAAGCUACUUGGACUCUAUGUGGAUGUACUUUUGCCUCGAUUACAAGCAACAACACAGCAGGACCAACAACAGGAGCCAGAGAGUAGUAAUAGCAGCAGUGGCAGCAAAAGGAUGAAUGGAGAAAGGGCAGUACCAGCACCAGCAGCACCAACCAUCAAUAUCCAAAGUGCCGAUGACAAUAUAUCAUCAACAUCAGCACCACCACCUGUUCCUCCAACCUUCGCUCGUGAUCCAUCAUCAUCAACUUCCGCUGCUGGUGGCCAUCUUACUAUCAACACCAAUCUAUCUCCUAAGCAAUCUUCACCAUCACCUGCUACCACUUCCCAUUCCAUCCCUCAUUUGACGGCACGUGACGACCAACAUCGCAUCAAUGCUCUUUUUGCACCCUUGCUUUAUUUCAUGAUUCAAUAUCUUGAUCCAUACCUGGGGGCUUGUUCAACCUCAACUACUUCCGAAGAGUCGCCCUUACUUGCCUUUACUAUCUCUCGGCAAAACUACUCCAUCUACAAUUUCCAUCGAGCUAUCCAGUACAUGAUGAGACAAAAGCCGGAUAUUUAUCUCGACAUGUUGGAUGUCAUGGGCCAUGCAGGUGCACCUGAAGUUCGUUUUCGAGCAUGUCAGCUACUAUUUCAUUACUACAGUAUAAGUACGGGUCACGUGGUGGUAGCUGAAGGAUUGCCACCUCUUGGGCAAAAGGAAGAAUUGAAUGCAUUGGAAAAGAUCAUGGCACAACAAGAUUAUGAGCAGGCACGUCAUCAACAUCAUCAGCAACAUACCGAUCCUACCUUCUUCGAAACCAUGAUGGGUGGAACAAGUACAGCUGGAUCCAAUCCAGCAUUGAAUGUAGCAGGGAUCAAUCGAAGGUAUCGAGCAAGUAUGGGAUUGCCACCAUUGGCAUCAUCACAACAAGGUCCCUUGACAUCAAGCAUGUAUCGUUAUCGGGAACAACAACAUCAGCAACAGCAACAGCAGCAGCAGCAACAACAACAACAGCAAUUAUAUGAUGAUGGGGAUAUGGAUAUCGAAGGAGAUCAGGAUGAGGACGCUUCUCAUGUAUGGCAUCCGCAUAUGUUUGCAGAGCAUGAUAAUGAUGAGCAAGUGGUGGCUCCUACCGUCCAGCGAUUAUCCACUACAGCAGCCUACACAGCAGCUAUGCACAAUGACAUGAGUGGCGGAGCUUAUUGCAAGGAAUGUUACAAACCCAUUCGAGGCUUUGGUCUACGAUGCUAUCAGUGCAAAUGCAGUUUACAUUAUGGAUGCUUGGCUACAGCAGACAAUGAUCUUGGUAUUAUGCUUUAUGUCAAGGAAGGUGGCAUUCAAAAGGUGGUCAGCCCACAGUUCUGUCAUAUCGUCACCCUUCCAAGGUUAAGAGACGUAUAUGGUGAUCGACGCCAAGCUGCCAUUCAAUUGCCUUCAGUAACACCUUCAACCGUUGAUUUAUUGGGUCACCAUUUUCAUUUGGUCAACUUGUAUACAUUGAUCCUCUGUGCUUCGUGUCGUCAACCUUUGUGGGGCAUCUCUUAUCAAGGCUAUCGCUGUACUAUUUGCAAUCGAUUUGUUCAUCCUCAUUGUCUUGCUGAGGCGGCACAUGAACACGGCUUCAAGCAUGAUCUUGCACGUAUUCAGACUUGUCAACCCUAUCAGCCUCUCCUUGAAAGUGAUACCAUCAUUUCACAUAAGGAUAUUGUCGAGUCGUUGCAUGCUCAUUAUGGUGAUCUUAUUCCUAAGAGCGAGAGAGAUUUGGAUCAUUGCACCUUUGAGGAAGUUGGAUUGAUGCUCAAUGUGCUCUUGCUUCAAGACAAUAUCCUACAAUGCGGCAUUGCAGCUGGAAGUCUAUUGGUCACACAUCCACAAUCCGAAGAGGAGCAAGAUGAUUUGGAAGCAAGUUCGGAUCCAUUACAUGACCCUCGUCGUCAAUCUUCCUCAGCAACAUCGCAAACAUCAUCAUCACCACCUUCAACACUUAAUAUCAUGGAAGAGCGGGUUGCACGUGCAUCCUCAGCUUUACGUGAUCCACUUGCCAUAUGUCUUGCAAGGAUUGCUGCUGGCACUUGUCCAACAUCUCGUUUCUUUGCUAGCUUUUAUAGCAAUCGAUCUCACAGUCUCGAAGAAUGCCUGCUCAGCAAAGAAGAAUACCUGGCCCAUAUUGCAGCUAUGAUGAAGAACAAUAUCAACAGCAGCCAUGAACCUACUGGAUCCAGUGGCGUUGGUGAAGGCCUUUUACGCGUGGAAACAUGGAAUCAUUCCAACUACGAAGAUGAACCAGGAGACACUGAAAUGGCAUGUCAUCAAGUUAUGGAACGAGAAACAAUGGUACAAUGGAUCAUGAGCAAUUUACGGUUCAAGAGUCGAACGUCAGCGCACAUCCUUUUACAACAUAUGCGUAAUUUGGGUCUCUUUGAAUUGUUGGAUGGCUCACAUGUCCUCUUUUCCGAAUCAUCCAUGUCAUCACCCGAACCACCUGCAUGGGCCGCCAAUCUACCCACACAAUGUAUAUUCCCUGUGCCAUACGCCAUUGAUACCAACAGCAAUACCAAGCUUGAUUCCCUCGUGGAUGCCAUUGAUGCAUGUUUAGCCGAUAUUGAUAUCACCAUCAACGAGUGUGGCAUGUUGUUAUUGGUACGUCGAUGUUGGCCAGAUCCUAUCAUUUCUCGAUACACAUGUGAACGACUCGUAGAAAGUAUCCUUGCAUGGAUAUUUUCUGAGGAUGAUAAAUUAUCCACAUUGCAUGCCGAGUAUCUUGGUGACAAGAAUCAACGUCCUCAACAACCACAACAAUCACAGCAACCGUUGCCAGGCGUGAGGCAAAAUCGGUGGGCACAAGCUGCACAAGCUGCUGUUGUAUCACGUGUUCGUGGAGCUGCAGGUGCUACGGGUCUUAGUGCUGGUGCUGGUGCUGGCGCUAGACAAAGUGUUACGUUUGCCAUGGGGAUGAGUAGUGGUGCUGGCAGCGUUUAUGUGACUACAAGGAAUGCUUUACGAGAGAGAUACCUCACACGGUGGAUGUCCAUGAUCCAUGAAAUCGAUCCCAGAGCCUAUGCAACCAUGUUGUUUGAUAUCAUUGAAAGAAUUGUUGAUGGCAAACUUGAUGAAUCGGCUAUCCAAGAAUAUCAGAUGGUUACGGCACAACGAUUUGAUGAAGCAGCUGGAUACAUUCUCAAGCUAAAGUCAUGUGGAUUGGCCUUUACUGCAUUUGACCCUGUAUUGCAACAAAUCCUUGACAAGGCAUUCGAGGAGUUUGAUUCCCAAGGAUUGCUUGCUGAAAAGGAGCCUGUGGAUAUUCGUAAUCUCGCCAAAUUAUGUUCAUCCAAGAUAUCGGUUACUCGAGGACCUUAUACAAUAGGUGGUGGUGGUAGUGGUGGUGGUUUGGCGACAGGUACAACCACACCAACAGGAGCAGCGGGUCCAUCCACACAAUCAUCUACAUCAUCUUCACCAGCAACAGCGACAGCAGCAGCGGCAGCCUCGCCAUCAAGAACGGAUCCUAGCCAUGCAUUCGAUGUGAUUACUUCUCUAUUUGCAGCGGGUAGCCAUCAAAGUGUGGAACGAGGAUUACGAUGGUUGGAAGUGAUUAUGCAUGCUGGUACGGGCGUACCAUCCACAUCCAUCACCAAGAUUGCACGUCAUUUAGUGGAAGCUCAGGCCACCAUCCAGAUGAAUGCCCAAUUCGUCAAACUACUUUGGUUCCAAGCCGUCAAUAUCCUCAACGUCCAUCUAUCACGUGCUGUCAUUAUCGAUGUGGUUGGGUACUUGAACGAAAUCAUGUUGGAUGAUCUUAAGCGCAUGAAUGAAGAUCACCAUCUUUCCAUCGAUGACCUUGAGCAUGCGCAAAAGUUCAUAAAGUACUCGGUGGCUCUCGGAUGUUUUGCAUACAAUUGUCCGCUCAGCAACAUUACAGAGCUCGACAUCGUACCUUAUUUUGGUGAUCACAUUGCGCAGCUAUCACACAACAAGCGGAUGUCGAUGCAUACGGAGAACACAGUGCCCAUGUAUGUCGAUGAGACGACCCCCGUGAUUCAUUGCAUGCUGGCCUAUCUCGAGCUGGAUCAGCUGAAUGUGCGCUUUGAUGUCCUCAAGAUGUUUUAUGCGCUCGUGCAUUGGGGCUUUGGUAUCAGCAACAAGUCCGAUUUGAUUGCCAAAUGUGCACCCAUCCUUACUACGGCUAUAUGGGAAACGCUGCCUCCUUGUUACGACCACAUGAGCGACAUUAAUUUGAAUUUGCUUAUGAAAGUGAUGAGCUCAGACCCAGUGCAUUUUCAUGCAUGCGUGUUGGAGGUGUUUGAACAUUCAAGCUGGGAAGUGAGAUUUGAAGGACUUGACAACUUGUAUGGAUUAUUCACCAAGAUGGAUGCCGCAUUCCAAACCAAAUGGCUACCUAUGCUAUCCUAUUUGGGACCUGUAUUCAGUUACUUUGUUGGAAGUCUAUGGGAUAAGGAGGAAUAUGUGCGAUCCAAAGCAUUCAGUUUGAUCCGUACCUUUGGUACAUUGCAUUUACGUUCGGCCUUUCGAUGUUGGGAAGCGUAUUUCUUGACAGCCAACGACCGACAAAAGACAUCCGUUAUCAAAUUGAUGGUCCAGCUCAGUGCAUUGUUUCCGGAUUGGCAAGUCAUUCAAUGGGAGUCACUACUUGAAGCCUUGGAAGCCAAACAAGAACGCUCUGGUGAGGAGGAAGAGAAUGGUGAUAGAAGAUCAUUUGCCGAAUCGGUUGAUAUUCUUGAACGUUACACGCGCUAUCCACCCACCAAGCAUAUGAAACCAAAAGAGGAUGAGGAAGAUAUGCAAGAAGAGGAGCAGCAACAGCCUAAAGGGGAGAACCAAGAGACUACGCAAGAACAAGAAGGGAUGGAGAAUAAUGUGUUGGUCGAUAGCGAGAACUGCAAGAUCUUGAUGGUCACACUUGCAUUGCAAUUGCUCAGCUGUCAUCUGCCAGUGGAUACGAUUCAGGUGUCAAGACUAAAGUAUAUCCUCGUCAAAUUUAUGGGAUUCCAAGAUUGCCAUCGAUAUGCAACGCCUGCACCAACAACCAAUGGAAACGGAGGAGGCGAAUGGGUGGUAUCAUUUGGCAACCUUGUAUACAACUACUCGGAUCCAUUACAUCAUUCAGCCAUGGUGGCAGCAUCACGUGGAUUGAAAAAGGUGGUCGAUAGCUUUGCUCCGUUGCCGGCAGAAACAGUAGCGUCCAUGGCACCCGAUGUGUUGGAACGUAAUCGUGUCGAGUUGGCAGAGAAUAGCAGUCCAGGCGUGCACUUUAUUGAUGUGGUGCUCAAAAUGUUCAAUUCGGGAAUCAAUCUCACAAAGUUGAGUCACAUGAUGCUAAAGACAUGGCUCGAGACUGUGCUUAUUGUCCUUUACAAGCACAAUAUCUUGGAUCGUGAAUACGAGCACAGCAUCGUCAACUGUAUGAAGCAAAUCAUUGAGCUAUUGACCAAGGAAAUCAGUGAGGAGAAUAAGCUCUUGAUUCUUGAAAUUCUAAAGUGCUUGCUACGACGCUCCGAUCAUCUCACAGCAAUGGUGCUAUCCAAACAAAUCAUGGCAUUGGGCAAGUUGAUGACCAAGUUGGGUAUCAAGCGCAGCGAGCCUGUAUUCCUCAAAGCCAAAGAGUUUCUCAAAUCUGCCUUUCUUCGCUUUGCUGUGGCCGGUCUCUUUGUACUCAUGUUCAAGAAUCAAACAGUGUCAGAUGCCAAUAACAAGGAGGUGGAUCUAUUCUUUGUGCUGGGUGCUGUGAUUGAUCCUGAGGAUGUGGUCCCUGAUGAAGAUACCCGAGAGAUUAUCUACCUACGCGAUCAGCCUGUACGUGAUGUGUUGGACAAGCUCAUGAAACAGCAAAUGGAACGCAGCGCCUUUUCAACCGUAUUACACAACAUGUCUCGUUAUGUUCAAGUCGUGCAUUGGCGUCCAUAUCCAGAAGCCAUUUUGAAUGACUAUGCCUUGUUUCUCAAUACGCUCGUGAAGCAUACCAGCAAUUGGCGUCGUACCGAAUGGGAUAUCAAUCCGCUAUUUACCAUGUCGGCCAUUCUACUAAAAGAGCACCCAUAUUAUUUUGCGAUCUUGCUCCCACAAAUCCAAAUAUUGUUUCGACAAGGCAUCCAAAAUUGCACCAUCGACCCGGAAGAUGUUGUCAAAUUGCUGGCAUCUUUUUCGGUGAUCCCCCAUAUCCCAGGUGGUCCUACAGAGAAUGCAUUCGUGUUGAUCAUCCUAGAAGAGGUCAAGGCAGGCCUUCAGCAGCGACAAAAGCUACACAAGGAUACCUUGCUUACAUUGUUGGAGUUGAUUUAUUGGGAUAGCAGACCUGAAUACCUUGAAUGGUUCAAAUCGAUCGAGAAUUCGCUCCCUGGCGAGCCAUUGUAUCGUCAACGUCAACGUACGCCCUAUUUUGACCAACAGCAGCUUGAAUCCUUGCUUUUGGAGCCACUCAUGUCCUUCCUCAAACUACCACCCGUAUCCCAGCAGCUGACCAAAAAGGAUUUCAAGACUUAUACGGUGGUAUCCAAGCUACUCAUUUCACUAUGCAUCCAAGAUCCAAAAUGUUUGCCACGUAUACUUGGUCAACAAAAGUUGGAUGAAACACGCCACUGCCUUCGAUUCCUCGAUUGGUUCCUUCUCGCCAUUUUGGAAGAGCUUCUUGGUACUCGUAACAGCAAUACGGAUAUGCUAUCCUUGGAUGUGGGUCAAUUUGUUCAACCCUUGAUCGUCUUUGAAGAUUCAAUUGUGGAGCUAUUGGUGCAGACUUUCAACUCGAUACCCAUUGACCUUGAUACCACCGACAUGAGCUUUUCGUAUUGUCCUUCGGGAGAGACGUUGCUACUGUGCUUUUUGCUUCUCAAGAUAUGGGUCUUAUUGACACUGCUUCAACGACAACGGAUUAUGGUACAUCAGCAAUCCCAAGCCAUGGAUAAACCAGCAUUUUGGAUGUCUGUAUGGCCUGCUUUGCGACGAUUUCUUGGUCGGAUCGAUUCCAGUACAUUGUCAAAGGCGGGUAGUGGUGGAUCUUCGGUAUGGAACAUGUUCCUAUCGCUUGUGCAAUAUCUAUUUGUAUGCCGCAGCCCCAUUGUGAUGAUCAAUGCCUAUGAAUGGAGUAGUUUGUUGGAUGUUUUGUUGGAACAGAUACCCGAAGCAGCAGAGAAUGAUGAUAAGGAUGACGAUGACCAAGUGGCCAAGAAUUUAAGAAAGGAAACAAUUCGAGUGCGUAGCAUGUUCACAGCUCCUCCGGUUGAAGUACCAGUAUCCACCUUGAUUGAUCAGUUGUACCUUGAGCUGAGGGAUGUGAUGCGACUCCAGGCUGAAACAGCUCUCUUUCAAUCAUCAUCCACGUCGUAUUCGAACGGCUUUGGAGCUGGUAGCAGUAGCAGCAAUGGUGGCGGUGGCGGAGGAGGAGGAGGAAGAAAUGGAGGCAAUGGAGGACUACAACACUCAUCCACGGCAACUACAAUUACCGCCUUAUAG